CUCCCAUCCUUGCUAGCGACCUGCAGAAGACCUCUGGACCUUUUCUCAGCUGCCGAAUCACCGUCCCUGUUUUUGACUCAUUUUUCAAAUUUCACUAUUUACUCUGCUUCGACCUCACCGCUCGUGAUCUCCUGCUCUUCUCGCUUCCUCUAUCUCUCACACUUUGACACCACCACUACAGUCCCUCUCCGAGUCAUAUUACGGGUCCCUCUUCUCUCCCUACAUAAACUCUCACAUACGCACACAAAAUGUGUCCUUCGGCAGACGACGCUACGACAAACGGUGUCAACGGACACACUAAUGGCGUCAAUGGCCAUGCGAAUGGAGUCAACGGUGACCGCUCUGGCUAUACAGGCAUCCAGACGAGAGCUACUCCCGCUCCUCUCAACGCCAGAAAUCCUUACCUCCCUGUCGGCGACUUUCUCAGCAACGUCAGCAAGUUCCAGAUUAUUGAGAGCACACUAAGAGAAGGAGAGCAAUUCGCAAAUGCUUACUUCGACACGGCCAAGAAGAUUGAAAUUGCAAAGGCCUUGGAUGAAUUUGGCGCCGACUAUAUCGAGCUCACCAGCCCCGCAGCUUCCGAGCAAUCUCGCAAGGACUGUGAAGCCAUCUGCAAGCUCGGCUUGAAGAGAUCCAAGAUUCUCACUCACAUCAGAUGCCACAUGGAUGAUGCUCGGAUAGCGGUAGAAACAGGUGUCGAUGGAGUUGAUGUGGUUAUUGGAACGUCCUCAUUUUUGCGAGAGCAUUCCCAUGGCAAGGACAUGACCUACAUCAAGAACACCGCCAUCGAGGUCAUCGAAUUCGUCAAGAGCAAGGGUAUUGAGAUUCGAUUCUCCAGUGAAGACUCGUUCCGAUCCGACCUAGUCGAUCUGCUUUCCCUUUACCAAGCUGUCGACAAGGUUGGUGUCAACAGAGUUGGCAUUGCAGAUACUGUCGGAUGUGCGUCCCCCAGACAAGUUUAUGACCUUGUCCGAACUCUCCGUGGAGUGGUUUCCUGCGAUAUCGAAUGCCACUUCCACAACGACACCGGGUGUGCCAUCGCCAACGCCUAUUGCGCUCUGGAGGCAGGCGCAACACAUAUUGAUACCUCGGUCCUCGGCAUUGGGGAGCGAAAUGGUAUCACCACUCUCGGUGGUCUCAUGGCUCGGAUGAUUACCGCCGACCGAGACUAUGUCAAGAACAAGUACCGGCUGGAGAAGAUCAAGGAUAUUGAAGAGCUUGUCGCCGAAUCGGUCGCCGUUAACAUUCCCUUCAACAACCCAAUCACCGGAUUCUGUGCCUUCACCCACAAGGCGGGUAUCCAUGCAAAGGCUAUCUUGGCCAACCCCAGCACAUACGAGAUCAUCGACCCUGCCGACUUCGGUAUUGGCAGAUACAUCCACUUUGCGUCUCGGUUGACUGGCUGGAACGCCAUCAAGUCACGAGCACAGCAACUCAACAUCGAGAUGACCGACGCACAAUACAAGGAGGUUACCGCAGCCAUCAAGAGACUCGCCGACAUCCGACCGAUUGCGAUUGAUGACGCUGACUCGAUCAUUCACGCCUACCAUCGCGCUUUGAAGAUGGGCAAGAAGAACCCUGGAAACGAGGUCGAACUACCCAACAUGACCGAGAAGGAGAAGAAGCUACUAGCAGAGAAGCAGGCGGAAGACAAUUCGAUACCAGAGAAGAGAGAGCUGGACGAGACGGUUGAAGAUGAGGUCGCGAACGGGCACGCCAUCAAGAAGGCCAGAACGAAUGGCAUCACCGCUUAGAGGACGAAGAAUGUGUGAGAACGUUUAUUAGCAUUGAUUUUAUGAGAUCAGACGGCCUUGGAGAGACAAAAUCUGGGGCAUAUUCGGCGUCAUGAGGCAUGGUCCUUCUCAGCUGUUUUGUACAUAUCGAGAGUUGGUGGAUGAGCUGAGAUCUAAGCUCCAAAAAGUAAGAGGGAGAAGCAAGACUCUUCAUAGAUGGUUGAAGACCAAUGGAACAGUAGACCAGCUCCAUCAAACAAUUAUCAAUUUAUGCUGUGC